UUUUCGAUUUUCGUGCUGAAUAGACGAUUCGAAGAGAAUGCAAUGCGGAAGGCCAAAGACGAACGUCUUCGAAUCGCGACGGCGUUUUUCCGCAAUAGUUUCGACGAAGAGGACGAUGUGGAGGAAGACAAAGCCUCCCUAACGAAAAACUCGGAGACUGCGUUCUCGCCAACCUCCGAUGGCAACUCGAUCAGAGCCGAGAUUCCUCUCGGCGUCGCGAACGCGGUGGUUCCCUCAAAAUUGGUUACACCUGAUCCUGAACUUGCGGCCUCCAGCUUGUACGCGGGAGAUCGCACCUUAAAACACUUGCGAUCGCCCGAAGAUUUCAAGUCGUCGGACAAUUGCGCGAACGAGUACGCAACAUCAGGUCAAUGUAAUGCAAGAAUAUAUAACACGGAUGUAAUUUCGAAAGUCGAAACACGAAGACUGUCAAUAACGGAUCUCGGUAGUAUUUUUCCUACACCCAAGCACGAAGAUGUCGCAAAAGAGUCAUCUGCGAGGUUUCAAUCUUCACCAAUCGAGGACCAGUCGACGCGCGCAAGACCAACCGCUGCGGACGGAUCGAGGCAGUUUCAAUUAACGCCCGAUUUUUUAGAGAUUCCUUCAGCGUCCAGCGAGCACUUCCGUUUCUCAACACUAUCAGAGCGAUCGACAAGUGCCAAAGAAUGCUCAGACGUUGGGAAAGUACGCGAUGUAGUGCCACAAUCUUCGCUGGUGGCCGCUGUUCGCGAUAGUUUCGACGAGAAGUCUGGCAAGAGCGGCGGCCGCAGGUCAACGUUGCCGAUGACGAGCUCCGAUUUGAAUCAGCCCAGCAUGCAAAGCCCCGCGACGGAGACCAGCCAGAAGUCGCCGACCUACAAUGAUAUUCUGGCCGGCACCAGCGUGAACCCAAUCCGGAAGUCCAGCAUAGCAAACGCGGCCAUCUGCUCGAGUCUGGCGCCGAGCUUGCUCGGUGCGAUCCCCGGUGUGCCGAAUUCCCUCUUACCGAACGGAGACUACAAUCUACAGCGAAGCGCGACGUUGUCGAAUCUGUCGACCACUUCCACCGCCAUCAGCGACGACAUUUCCAUCGGUAGAACGCGUCGCGGACUGCGGUCGUUCCUUCGUCUCCACAUACCCGAGCCGCAUCCCACGACCUGGCACGACACCGACGAGGACUGCCAUCAUCACUUGCACAAUCAUCACCAUCAUCAUCAUGUGUUCUCGCACAUUCACGUACCCACCAUCACCUUCACGGCGCCGGCCACCGACGGUAUCGGUCGCAAGUUUAACUUCGCCAUCCGAAGGCACUCGCAGGCGACAUUGCAUCGGACUGACUCGAUGGUAUCGCUUUGUUACCGAUCACUCGCGGGCUACAUCACAGAUGAUAAUCUCGCCGGAUUGCAGAGCUUCCUCGAAAAUAAACGAGUGCCGGUCGACGAUAGAGAUGAGAAUAGUAACACCGCCCUCAUCCUCGCAGCAACCAAAGGAAAGCUACACUUCGUUCGAGAGCUCGUCAAUCAUGGAGCGGACGUCAAUGCAGAAGACGCGGAUAACUGGACGGCGUUGCUGUGCGCGGCGAAGGAAGGCCACACCGAGAUCUGUCUUGAGCUACUCGAGCACGGCGCCGAUUUGGAGCACCGAGACAUGGGUGGUUGGACGGCGCUCAUGUGGGCGACAUACAAGGGUAAAUCAGCAACGGUGACGAUGCUGCUGGGGCGCGGGGCUGACGUCAACGCGCAUGGAAAUUUUCAUAUUUCCUCAUUAGUAUGGGCUGCUGGCAGGGGUUACACUGAUAUAGUGAAGGAUCUCAUUACUCACGGGGCGAAGGUCAAUGUCGGCGACAAGUACGGCACGACGGCACUCAUAUGGGCGUCGCGCAAGGGGAACGUAGAAAUCGUUGAUAUGCUUCUUAAGGCUGGAGCCAAUGUCGACACAGCAGGCAUGUACUCGUGGACUGCUUUGGUCGUGGCAACCCUCGGCAACCAUGUGGAGGUGGUGUCGUUACUAUUGGAGCACAAGCCCAACGUGAACGCCCUAGACAAAGAUGGUUGCACCGCCCUAGCGAUUGCCUGUCGUGAAGGUCAUCACGAAAUAGCGAACGCCCUUUUAAAUGCCGGUGCUUACGUUAAUAUUCAGGAUCGAACCGGCGACACGAACCUGAUCCACGCGGUCAAGGGUGGUCAUCGAGGUGUGGUGGAAUCACUGCUGAAAAAAUACGCGGACGUCGACAUCGCUGGAAAGGAUAAAAAAACCGCAACUUACAUAGCAGUAGAGAAAGGCAAUAUACAGAUACUCAAAUUAUUACUAAACGCUAACCCAGACCUGGAGAUUGCCACGAAAGACGGCGACACGCCUUUAUUACGGGCGGUGAGGUCGCGUAACGCCGAAAUCGUGCAAUUGCUUUUAGACAAGAAAGCCAAGGUCUCGGCUACGGACAAGAAGGGCGACACUGUACUGCACAUAGCGAUGCGCGCGCGAUCGAAAGCGAUCGUCGAGAUACUACUGAGGAAUCCAAAGAAUAGCCAGUUAUUGUACCGUCCGAAUAGACAAGGCGAGACCCCCUACAACAUCGACGUCAAUCAUCCUAAGACGAUGCUCGGCCAGAUAUUCGGUGCUCGGCGCUUAAAUACUAACGAGGACAAUGAAAACAUGCUUGGGUACGAUUUGUACAGCAGCGCGUUAGCGGACAUUCUCAGUGAGCCAUCACUUUCCACUCCAAUUACAGUCGGCCUUUAUGCAAAAUGGGGCUCUGGAAAAUCAUUUUUACUCAACAAACUGAGAGAGGAAAUGAAGAACUUCGCGCGACAAUGGAUCGAUCCAGUGUUCCAAUUCUCGUCCUUACUCUUUUUAGUAAUAGCUCACGUAUCCCUACUUGUGGGUGUCACGUUAGGUCUCGCCCUACAGUCUUGGAUCAUUGGUCUAUCGUCCGGAAUAAGUUUGCUAGUUGUCGUUUAUAUUUUUCUGGUUCUCGUUUGGUGUGCCAACAAGAGGUACGAUUGGUACUGGCCGUACAAUCUGACAGUGGAGCUCACCACCAAGAUGAACGCGCUAAAACUGCUAUUGCAAGUGAUCUUUUGUCACCCGCCGGGCAGUCAGUGUCACGACAGCAUAGCGGUGCAGCCAAUAAAGUUCUACUUCACCGAUCAGACUCGCGUGGGCACGACCGCCGCUGGGGAGAACGCGGUCGUGCAAAUGGUCGGCUCGCUGUACGAUUCCAUCGAGAACGACUACGGCUCCCUGGCUACCAGACUGUACAGGGCAUUUCGGCCGAAGCCGGAUAAAUCGACUACCACGUGGAAAUGGAGGCGUCUGUGUUGCUUGCCAUACGUAAUCAUAUUCGAAUUCUGCCUGUGCAGCUUGCUCGUCGGUAUCUCGAUACUCACGGUGUACCUCAUAGAUAUUUCGAACGAUAAGCCCACAAUAGAGCGAGUUACUGCUCACAUUAUCAUGAUAUCAAUUGCCUUGGUCUUAGCCAUCAGUAUAAUAGCGAAUUUGUAUACGUGGAGCAGAACGUUGCAGGCAUUAGUUUUUUCACAGAGGAGACACCUUCAGCGUAGAAUAUCAAAAUUGGAGACUCUGAAGAGCGAAGGCUUCAUUCAGACUUUGAAAAGCGAGGUCAAUUUAAUGACGGAAAUGGUCAAGUGCUUGGGCAGUUUCAUGGCUCAACAAAGUAGACUAGUCGUAAUAGUGGAUGGUUUGGAUAGUUGCGAACAAGAUAAAGUCUUACUCGUUUUGGACGCUAUACAGGCCUUAUUUAGCGAUAACGGAUAUCCCUUCGUCGUGAUACUAGCGAUUGAUCCACACAUUAUAUCUAAGGCGGUAGAAGUAAAUAGCAGAAGACUAUUCUCGGAGUCGAAUAUCGGCGGUCACGAUUACUUGCGGAAUAUGGUGCAUCUGCCGUUUUACUUGCAAAACAGCGGUUUGCGUAAAGUCAAGGUCGCGCAACAGACUGCUCAACAUUGUAAGAAGACAGUGUGGACGGAAGCCGAGGAGAGCGUAAACUAUACCGCGACUAGCACCAUGCAUCAUUCGGUGUCCAGUAGGAGGCUCAGCACGGAAUCGGCUAUAAUGAACAGCAACGAGAAAUUAAAACCCCAAACUAGGAAGGGCAGUAGAAAGAUGCGACUGAGCGAAUCGAUCGCCAGCAGUAUCGGCAGUAAUUUGAAUCGACUGGGUGGCGCGCAGGAUCUCAAUAAAAUGUUGCUCACCGAUGAUUACUUUAGCGACGUAAAUCCUCGUAGCAUGAGGAGAUUGAUGAAUGUCGUUUAUGUCACUGGACGAUUACUUAAAGCAUUCCAGAUUGACUUCAACUGGUAUCACUUGGCUAGUUGGAUCAACAUUACCGAGCAGUGGCCUUUUAGGACAUCUUGGCUUAUUCUACAUUACGAUAUGUACGAAGAAAGUCUGGACGACAAUAUGUCACUGAAAAGUCUUUAUGACAAGGUACGACCGCAAAUUCCGGUAUUGAAGGAAGUGCAGCCGCUUCUCGAGAUAGACAGAGACGAACGCAAGUUGGAUGUUUUCCUCACUUUCCACCGGUCCAGCUUACUUAUCAGCGACAUAAGGAUAUUCUUGCCUUUCACUAUCAAUCUGGAUCCGUACAUUAAGAAAAAAAUUAAGGAGGAGCAGCAAAGUAUAGAGGAAGACACAAAUCUGUUUUACAAACAAAGUGGUGUUUGGCACGGCCACGGUGUUCCGAUUGAUCAAUGGCCUCCACAAAGAGGCAUGUCGACGAACCGACAUAUGAAACUUGCCAAACAAUCGAGCUUACAGGGAUCCAUACCGCCGGCUCCAUCGUGGACUUAUCAACCAAACUUCGAAUGGCAAGCUCCACCGGCUUGGAUGCAAAUGCCUCCCAUGGAACCAAUGUCAAAACCACUUUCCGCAACAACCAUGUUACCUUCCGAAAUUCUGGAAAUAAAGCUGUCAUCCUUAUCAGUGAACGGAGUCUGCGAUCUGAUCGACAAAGUAGAAAGCCUUAAUUCGAUCCAAGCACCAAUAUAUAAGCAAGCCAUAAAAGAGAACAAUAUUAACGGACGAGUUUUGUUACAUUGCGAUCUACAAGAACUGAAAAAAGUAUUUAAAAUGACCUUUGGGGAUUGGGAGUUAUUUCGCAUGGUAAUUGUAUCGCUACGGGAAAUGGAGCUCUCGUCAUUUUCGUACGAGGAGGGUUCUCGGAGUGUACGAUUCACCGUAGGAUCCGAGCAACAAGCUUCACGCAAAGAUCAUGCCUUGCAAAAUAAUUCGAUACGUGUGCCUGCUCACGUGGAGAAAGAGAAAGGAACAUCGAGAACCGAUGGGUCGACUCGCCGUGAUCAAAAUAAACAAUCUAUAAUGGAAAAACAGUUCCAGGUAACGUUAGAGGAACAAAUGAUUUGCGGAGCACUGCAGACCUUGAACGAAGAAGCUUGCGAGGAUGUUUUAGACGUGCCAUCGCCAGCGGUGGCACCAACAACAGACUCACUCCCCUCAGGACCUGUCAUCUCGGUACACGACACGGAAUAUGUACUGCUUCAAGCCAGCCCGCUGUUUCACUGGGCACCGGUUAACGAAGACCCGGGCAGCUCGGAUGAGAGCUCGCACGACUCCACCGUGUUCCUCCAGCGUACCAACUCCCAACGCAGUGUCGCGUCUCAACGCAGUACGAGAUCCGCUUGCUCGCACAGGGCCCUGAAGAGAAGCGGCAGCAACAUCAGCACCAGACCAUCCUCGCUGUUCGUCUCCCCGCCGGCGUCGCCGAAGCCUGCGAUCAGGUCGAAAUCGACCGACGAGCGGUGUAUGGGGAAUAUAGCCCUGAAGACCACGUUGUCGUCGGUGUCCACCAAGAGACGCUCGUCCUUGACGUUAAAUGACGAGGUGGUGAUACCAAUGCCCACUUGCAACGUGGAGAAGAUAUCGAAGCUGAAGGACCGUCUGCUCGGCACCACGCCGCGGUCACCAGCGCCCGGUGGCGAGAGCGACGACGAGUCCACGCCGCUGGUGUCCGAAUUGUCCACGCCAACGCAUUCCCAAUCGGACAGCGUGUUCAGACACGACUGCAGCGCGGAGAACAGCAGCUCGCCGUCGUCCAACAGGAGUCUACCGCGGGACGGGGAACGUCGCGUGGAUCUGAAUUACUCCGAUACCGUGAGCCUUGUGAUACGCGAGUCCUCGAACGCUCAAUCGCCGUCUCGGCACGACGCCAAGAUCUGGGACGACACGGAGACGCCUGUCUGACACCUGUCGCCUUCUGUAUAUAAUCAUGAUGCGACGCGAGAUAACUCGUAGCGCGCUGUAGCGUUUAAUUGAUAUCAAUGUGACUGGCGUCUGCUAGGCAGACUCACACGACGUAAUUCUGUUUUGACGAUACGCAUCGAGAUAAGAUGUCUGUCUCGUGCAAAUAACCAACGGCGAGAACGAGCAGACCUUUUUGUAAUAGUCAGAAUGUUUAACUUGUUCCUCUGCUUAGUGGUCUGAUGGAGAACGAAUAAUGCCUUCUCGCGUAAGUCGUGUAAUAAUCCCUUUAGUUUAGCGAAACGAGACGAUCUCGAGAUGUACGACGCCGAAGCGACAUUCCGUGUAAAUAUUUAUGCAUUUACGAAUGCAAAUAGUUAUCGACAUUUUCCUUUUUAUAUUGAAUUAGUACUGAAUCUGUUGAAACGAGGGAGAUGAGAAAUAUUUCCCGAUGUUUAGUACCAAAGCAUCCUGUCCCCAAUAAUCAACGAGUCAAUUCGUAAUGCCAGUGCAAAUAGAUAACUUGAAGAGUAUAACGGAUAAAGAGAGUAUUUUAAAGAAAUAAUAAUUCAAACGACCAGUACAUAAUCGUUGAUUAGAUCACAUAUUUAAUGUAAUUUAUAGAAUUCUAUCUAUAAUUUAUCGAGCGAAAGAGUGCAGAGUGUCUCAAAAAUGACUUACACAAACGGCAAUUAUUACUUAAAUCGUAUUAUAUUGACCUGCAAAACAUUUUUAUAAAGACUUUUAUUAGAAUAUUGCAGUAUGGACAUUUUUCAUUAGGUGGAAUAUAAUCGACUUACAAUUAGUAUUUCUUCGUUAAUUUCGGUAUACUUCUUCUUUCUCCAAUUAUUAAUUAAUACAAUAUAUUGCAUUAAUAAUCACGGAAACAUAAGCAAUGUAUUAAUGAUAUAUUUAUUUUAUUAAAAGACAAAAAUUAUAACUACAUAAUAUCGAAUGUGUAGGACACUUUAGGACGGAAUACAUCAGGGUAUUGAUCAUUCAUUAUAAUAUUGUGUAUAUAUAUAUGUAUACAUAUAUACAUAUACAUAUGAUGGUAGAUAUAUUAGAUUUGAAAAUACAAUAUAUAUAUACGCUCAUUUCUUGACUCUAAAUACAAUAAUAUUUAAUCAAAUACAAUACAUUGCAAUAAUGUUAAAUACUGUAUACAAUACACUUAGACUUACGGAAACGCAACAUAAAAUUGAACCAAUUGAAAGGAGGACAAGCGCUGCCUCCUCCCAUUGUAACAAAUGAUUGCAUGAUAAUUAAAUACAGGGAUGGUUCCGCUCGUAA